GAGAGAGAGAGAGAGAGAGAGUCCCACGUGAUGAGUUUACUUAUCAGGUUUAGAGACUUAGAGAGAGAGAGAGAGAAGGCGAGAGAAGCCCGCAGCAGCUAACCCUCUCUUUCCUCUCUCUCUCUCUCUCCCUCCCUCCUAUCUGUCUGAUUCCAGGAAGAAGAAGAAGAAGAAGAAGAGGAGGAGGAGGAGGGAGGUGAGUUGCCUAUCCACAUCCACACUAACGCCAUUUUGAUUUCUUUCCGGAACAAACUUUAGAAACAACACAAAAAGUUUUUUUUUCUCUCUCUCUCUCUCAGUGCCCCCCCCCCCCCCCCCCCCUCCAACUCCAGGCGGCUCUGCCAUCAGCAUCAGUAGCAGAUCCCAGCAGCAACAUGUCCCGCCGCAAACAACCCAACCCCAACAAAGUACACAUGGGGGACAAUGGAUCUGAAGAGAAAGGAGACCUGGGUCAGACAUCUCCAGCUAAACUGACAGGAUUGGUUGAUGACAGUAGAACCCAAGAAGACGAUGAUGCUGAGAUCGAGUCCAAAACUCAAACAGAAAAUGGAGGAGGUGAGACUGGGGUCACCGCCACCCAGGGGGCAGCAGUGAUAUUGCCAAACAAUCCUGAAAGUGUCGACUUGUCUUCCGUGAAGUCCAUGAUGUCGACGGUGAUGAACGUGGGCAAUCUCAACGGGGACGCCAGCAACAUGCCAAGCAACAGAAGCCCCUCGAAGCCUUCCGUACGAACGGGGAAAAUCAAGCAGGAAGCCAAAGAAGAGAAGUCUUUCUUUAUCUGUCCACUGUGUGAGAAGGACUGUGGAACCCAGCACCAGUUAACAAUGCACAUUCGACAGCACAAUACAGAUAGCGGAGGGAACACCCAUUCCUGCAGCAUUUGUGGCAAGUCUCUGAGCUCCGCCAGCUCCCUAGACCGUCACAUGUUGGUCCACUCGGGAGAGAGACCGUACAAGUGUUCGAUAUGUCACCAGGCUUUCACCACCAACGGCAACAUGCACAGGCACAUGAAGAUCCACGAGAAAGAGCCUGCCAGCUCACUGGGCUCGAGUCCCCCAUCUCCCACCAAACGCCGAAGACCCUCGGUCAAAAGGAAACUGAGCCAAGAAGAAGGGGAGGCGAAGGAGGAGGAAUCGCCCAGCAAAAAGGUUACCCGAGAGGUUCCCUCCGACGAGGAAGAAGAGAAAAAGACCGAAGAGGUUCUUCACUGUCCGAUCUGCUACAAGACUUUCAUCUGCAAAUAUGGAUUGGAGAGCCACAUGGAGACCCACCCUGACUCCACCCUGAGGUGUAACCUCUGCUGUAUCUCCUUUAAGACACAUCGGGGUUUGCUGCGUCACAACGCCAUAAUCCACAAGCAGCUUCCAACAGACGUGUCGGGAAAGCCUUAUAUCCAGAACAAUCCCACAAUUCCCGUGGGCUUCCACGACCUCGGAUUCAUCGACUUCUCCUGCCGGAAAUUCCCCCUCAUUUCUCAGGUCUGGUCUGAGUUGAACCUGAGGAGAUGCACGAGCAAGUUUCACCGGUUUGUUUGCGAAUUGUGCAACAAAGCCUUCCCAAUGCUGGCGGCUCUGAAGCUACACCUUGAAACCCAUAGGGGGCAGCUGGAAGGAGGCCAGGGCCUGCCAGAGCCCCAGCUACUGCCCGACGUGGAUGUGAAGCAGAAAGCCUUCAUGGCGUCGUUGGGUCUGCAGCAUGCCAAAGAGGCGAAGGCGGUGAAACGACAGGAAACCACCGAAUUCGAUAUCCACACGAUCUGGGCCGAAACGCCCCCAUGGAAACUACCUCAAGAGGCCAACUGUGCUACUGUGAAGGAUCAAGCACCCUUAGACCUGGCUUCCCUGGGAGCGAGCCUGUCUUCUCUCUCACCACUUCAGGACAAGGUCAAGAUCUUGUCCUUGCACCCUUUCCAGAAGGGCUUUAUAAUCCAGCCAGAUAGCAGUAUCGUGGUGAAGCCCAUCUCCAGCGAGUCCGCCAUCGAGUUUGCUGACAUUCAGCAGAUCCUGCAAAUGGCAUCCUCUGCUCCCACACAGAUCAGUCUGCCCCCACUGUCCAAGGCGCCUUCCAUCCCGAACCAGUCCAUCUACAGGCAGAUGCCUCCACUCAAGCCAAAGCCCCUGGUUGCACCAUGCACUGUCGUGGCUUCCACACCACCCCCACUCAUGAGUGCCCAGCAGGCUUCAUCUGGCUGCGUUAGCCCCAGUCUCCUCCCUCCUCCUCUGAAGCUCGUGAAGACGGCAGCCGGGCCUGUGUGCAGCCCUCAGGACCUGAAAGUGAAACCCGUGAAUGGAGCGCAGCCCUUUCUUCAGCCAAAGACGGAGCCACUGAGCCCCGUUGAGAUGAAGACCCAGCUUGAGCAGGAUAGUAUUAUUGAAGAAUUGAUGCCAAUGGAGAUGAACAGGGCUAUCAAACAGGAAGUCAUGGAAGGAGAUCUCAAAGACAUGAUAACGGGGGCAUCCAGCAAGAAAGUUCCCGCAUUAAAGAAAGUCUUGUAUCCAUGUCGCUUUUGCAACCAGGUGUUUGCUUUCUCUGGCGUGCUGAAAGCUCACAUCCGCUCACACCUAGGCAUCUCACCAUACCAGUGCAAUAUCUGCACGUAUAUCGCGGCAGACAAAGCUGCAUUAAUCCGCCACCUCCGCACGCACAGUGGCGAGAGGCCCUUUAUCUGUAAAAUCUGCCACUACCCUUUCACAGUGAAAGCCAACUGUGAGAGGCACCUGCGCAAGAAGCACCUCAAGAUGACCCGCAAGGACAUUGAAAAGAACAUUGAGUACGCAGAGAGCCACACCGCAGAGCUGGUAGACUCUUUCUGCUCACCAGACACCGUGUGCAAGUACUGCGGCGAGGACCUCAAGUACUACCGUGCCCUCCGGCAUCAUUUGAGGACACACAGCAGCUGUCAGAAGAAACCCUUCGAGUGCCGAGAGUGCAACAUGGGCUUCUCCACCAAGAAUAACUGCAUCCGCCACAUCCUCAAGCAGCACACCCACGUCGAGGAGAAGGAGAUGGAGAAGCAUAUCCUGUUGGUGGACUGCCUCGUGGGUGAGAAUGGGGCACUGUCCCCCACCUUAUCUGAGGACAGCGUCACUGCAAAUGGCUCUCCAGUCUCGUGCAAGGAGCCUCAGAACGGGUUUUUACAUGGACCACUGCCCCAGGGCUCCUUAAAAAUGGAGCCCAUGGGUAUUUUUUCAAUGGACUUGGAUGAACCGCUGGAUUUUUCUCAAAAGAACAAGAAUGUGUCUAUCCACCCCUACAAACAGGAGGGCCACUUGCUCAGGAAGCAUGCUUCGCCCAUUGUUGCACAGUUUGACAGCACGCUGGAGCCCAUAGACCUGUCCGUCCCCAAAAACCCUCCAAAGGAUAAAACAAAUGUGGGCAAAGAAAAUAAGGAUGAAAGCCAGCUGGCUGUUAAUGGUGGCUCAUUUGCCUGUCAGCAGUGCCCGUCUACCUUCCCAGCAAAGAUCAGCCUCGAUAAACAUGUAAGUACGAAACAUUCUCCACCACGGCAGGGUUUGGUGCCAGCCCGGAGUCCGGCCACACUCCCAGCUGUGGUUGCCAGCACCAGCCUACUGCGACCCCUGAGGCCUAAACCACCGCCUCCGCUGCUCCUGCCCAAACCUGCCACGGGCAAAGAGCUGCCACCCCUGGCUUCCAUCGCCCAAAUCAUUUCUUCUGUCUCAUCUGCCCCCGCCUUGCUGAAGAGGGAUGUCAAGGACAGUGCCGAAGCUACCAAGCCCACCACCUCGUCUGACGGUGCGGAGGAUUUAAAGAUCGGCCUGGUGACCAAGGCCACUCCCCAAACGGGAACUAACGGCCCAGCAAAGACUUUGGGCCCACAACGCGCCGCAGAGAAAACAUCAGCAGGGGUGGUGGGGCCAGGCAAGAGGAAAGGGAGAAGGCGAAGUCUCAAGUACAAGAAGAUUCGGCCUGGUGUCAGCAGCAGUAGCGUAGACCCAGAGUCCAGCGGGGAAUUUGCCAGCGUGGAAAAAAUGUUGGCCACGACCGACACCAACAAGUUCAGUCCUUUCCUACAAUCCACCAACAUCAAAGAGGAACCUGAAAAGGAGGAAAAAGAUUCCGAGGGAAAGGAAAAGCGAGACAUAAUGAUCUUGAAGGGGAAAAAAAAUUCCUACUCUAACUCAGUGCAAAAAAUCACUUGUCCGUACUGCCCACGCCUGUUUCCUUGGGCUAGUUCACUUCAGCGCCAUAUGUUAACACACACAGGUCAGAAGCCCUUCCCCUGUCCAAAAUGUGACGCUUUCUUUUCCACCAAAUCUAACUGUGAACGCCACCUCUUGCGCAAGCAUGGUGUUGCCAACCGGUCACUGCGAAGAAAUGGCCUGAUUGCCAGAUCCAAAGCAACUGAUGCAAAGCCCCUGGAAAGCACAGGUAAUGUUUCCCAGUCGGAGAUGGCAGUAGCCGGGGCCUCGACACCUCCAGCGGCGGCACCAGCCUCUCCUUCGCCCGGGCCUACGGAGCGGCCUGGAACCGAGGGCUCUGCGGGCGAGGGCGAGCCCAAAGCGGAGUCGGCGGUGGUCCGGGCCGGGGGCGGCACGGAAGAGGAGGCCGAGGCCGAGGAGGACGCUCAGAGCAACAAGAGCCUGGACCUGGAUUUCGCCAGCAAGCUGAUCGACUUCAAGCUGGGCAGCCCCGACCCGGGCGCGGCGCCGGCCGAGGGCCGCAACUCGUGCGGCGUCUGCGGGAAAACCUUCAAAUACGCCGCUACCCUGGCCCGCCACAGGAAGGCCCACGCCUGCGAGCGUCGCCGGGACCGGGACGCUAGGAGAGGCCCGAAGCCCGAGGGCCAGCAGUCCGGGGCCCUCCGCUCACGGCCCGCUAAGAGCCCGGGCUCCUCCCGGUUAGAGGGCCCGACACCGCGGCCGGAGGAGGCAGAGGUAGCGGCGGGAGUGUCAGGAGCAGGGGCAGGGGAGGGCCGCCCCGGAGUCCGCGCGCCCCAGCUCCCCCCCGGGGAACAGCUCGAGCUCAGGAAGGCCCCGCCCAACGGCACGAGCAAAGCGGACAAACGGAAAAAGAUCUGCGCGGUUUGCAGCAAACGGUUCUGGUCCCUGCAGGAUCUCACCCGGCACAUGCGGUCACACACCGGUGAGAGGCCAUACAAAUGCUUGACCUGUGAGAGGACAUUCACCCUGAAACACAGCCUUGUCCGCCAUCAGCGCAUCCAUCAGAAGGGAGCCAAGGUGACCAAGAGACACCCGAGCGAGAAUGAUGACGAUUUGUCCAAGGAUGAGGACGACAGUGAGAGUGAGGCUGAGCGAGCGGGCUCUAGCCAGCUGUCGGACAACGAGAGCGAGACGGUCACCAGCAUCAGCCUCAGCCUCAGCAAUGACUCGCCGCUGCCACUGAGCUUUGCAGGGAGCCCAGUGACAGCCACAACGAGCCAGUCUCCCAGCCAGGCGGGCGGCAAAGCAGCCGAGCCGGAGAACAGCCUCCAUCGCCCGGCAACAGCAGUCAAUGGCGUGAGGCAAGGAACCUUCGUCAUUCAGGGCAACGACCAAGAAUCGUUAAAAAGCUCGGAAAAGGCGCUUGCCGAUUCCACGGGCUCCUCGGACAUCAUCCAGAACUUUCUGGGAAUACCCAGCGGGGCGCCAAUGAACCACGUCCUGGGCUCGGUAGAGUCUGCUCCAUGUCUGCUCGGAGUGGAGUAAUGUGGCUUCCAAGGAACUGGAAGUUUUUGUUGCUCUAAAGCUGUGCCACCGUAUUUUGGAAUCAAAUUGACCCUCUUGUACCCGCAAAGCACCAAGCAGGGACAAGGCUGCUGCGGUGAAUUGUUUUCGUCCUCCUGUGUGCGGGCAGAGUUUUCUGUAACUCUGGAGUGACGGAACGCCUUAAGAGACACUGGAGUGAGAGGAAUCCAGUGCAACUCUCCAGACUGCAUGUUGUAUCUUCCAAGUGCCUUAUGACCUGAUUGCUGUGCACAACUAAAGUUCUGUUCAGAAGUGCUCGAAAAAUCCUUAUUUCGAAAUAAGUACAACGAGAAGAGCUAGCCUUUUUUUUUGAGAACAAUCUUGGGGAAGUAUCAAAUUCCUUUGUGAUACGUUUAUAUUUUAAAGCUGAUUUUUAAAACAAAUAACACAUAAUAAUGGGGCAUCAAAAUGCACUUGGUAUAGGCUGUGCAAGGGCUCCUAAUGAGGAACUGCUGUACUAAGUCUUCCAGAAAGGCCUUACAGUGAUCAAUGACACUGACAAUCUCUGGGCCAGUUUUUCACCAUAAAUAACAAACAUAGGGGCAAAAUAGCAAUUAUGGCUUUUUAUUUUGUUUCUUUCACAAAACAAAUAUGACUUUGUUCUCCAUUUAUAGUGUGCACAACAGUGCAGUCUUGUUUUCUUUUUGUAAUUUGGUCUUUUAAGAUGUAUUUUGAUUAAGGUGGAACUUGUUUGCCACUGUCUUUGAAAAUGCAAGAUGGCUUCCACGAGAUUUCCCCCUUCAUUUUUAACACGCAUUGGGUUGUUUUGGCUAGAAACAAGGAAGUGGGACUAAGAAGGUAAAAUGAAUUAGGAGACACUUUUUUUUGUUAAAUCUUAUAUCAGUAUGAAAUUCAGUACAAAAAGAAUUUAAGGUUUUUUUUUACAAUUCUGCUCUCUAUGGUUUAAUACCCAGUGACCUGGGGGAGCAGCUAUUAAUCAGUUAUAUAAUGCAGAACUGUAGCAAGGAAAAAUCUCCCAGCGUUAAGCUGGAACAGUGUACUAGCAAUAAUCACUAUUGAUUUAAAGCUUUAUUUAGUAUUUUUCUGUACCGGCAAUAUUAGUUUAUAUGGCCCUUGCCACAUUUUAUUGAUUCUUCUAUUAGUGGGUUUUGUUGUCUGACCGAAGCAAAUCUGUUGCGUUUUCUUUUCAAAAGCUGUGAAAAGGAGAAAAUUAUUUUGUGCUGAGUUAUGGGUGAAUCUUAGAUUAGAUUGCAUGUGGAACUAAUUUGUUUAUCAGUUAUUUGUAAUUCCGACUGUCUCUCUCAGGGCUUUUCAAAAAAAAUUUGCAUCUACUAAAUCCCUUUCUAGUUCCAAAAUUUCUUCCACUUUAAGAACUUGAAGCUGAGACGAUUCAAUCACUACAUGAAGCACUUGACUGUGAAAGAAAAAUAACGAUAAUUAAUUGGUUUACAGCUUGUUAAAAAAAACAGUCACUUUUCACUGCAUCGCGAUUAAAGAGCUUUUUAUUACCAGAGGUUUAGUGAAUUAUUGUCUAUUUUCAAGAAGGAAAGAAACUUUAAUGGGGGAAAAAAGGAAAUAAAAGUAAUGCAUUAAUCCAUAAAACAUUGUUUGAAAAUCCAGAAUCCAUACUUUUUCGUAAAGGGAAUCUUUACUGCUGCUAAAUAUUAUGUACACAUCUGGUGUAUGCCACAUGAACAGAGAAUCACAGAGUUUUGGUACUUACUUCCAAUGCAAAAAUUUAAAGCUGUUCUGUAUCAAACCAUCUAAGCAAUAAAAUGUUAUACUUGA